AUGGAAUUAUUUGUUUUAACACUGUGGUUUGGGAUUCUCAUUGUGUCCACAGAAGCAGCAAUUAAAGUUGAUCCAAGAACUAGACUGAGGAGAUGCUUUUCAAAUUCAUUUCGAAAUAGACGACGUUCUGUUGAGGAUGACAAACCCAUUUCGUUGAGAGAAGUACUUGAUUUUGAAAAGAAGUUGGAUUUCAGUCCGCAAAAUAUCUUCAAGUCGUCACAGGGGAACACUAUUAUCAAGUUCAAAGAGACCGUUAAUGGUAAGAAUGUAUUUGAUGGAGAAGUAACCGCCAUGUUAGAUAAAAAUGGCGUCGGGAUUGACGUAUCUGGUUUGUUUUUCGAAGACAUCAAUGCCAAAGAACUAAAUGACCAACGAAAAAUAUCCAUCACAGAGGCAUUUAAAUUGGCAAAGCAGAUUCAUGGUCACACAGGCGAAAAGAUUCACCGGUUUUCGCAUGAACUGGAUAUAUUCAUUGGAAAUGACUCAAUUUCACAUUUGGCUUAUUUUAUCGAUUAUUUCGUUGUGGUUCAAAAUAUUCCUCAGAGACCGAUCACUGUAGUCGAUUCUAAAGAUGGAAAAAUUCUUCUGAAAUUCAACAAUUUGGAAACUUGUAAAUACUCGAAAACGAUUUAUGGAGGGAACCGGAAACUUGGAAGAAUCCCAUACAGCCACUUUUUCAACUGCCAAAAUGUGGACAGAGAGGGCAAUAUGUGUUCCCUUGAAAAUGAGUUCGUUCGGGUAAUUGAUAUGAACUCUACUGUGAACGAUAGUAUCACCGAAAGUGCAACAUUUAGGUGUAACGAAACGUAUAUAGAUUCUGUGAACGGUGCGUAUUCUCCCGCCUUUGAUGCCUUUUUCUAUGGUACUACUAUAGCACGCAUGCUUCACGAAUGGUACGACGUAACACCAAAACGUAGACCAUUGUUACUGCGGGUGCAUUAUAGCAAAAAUUUAACGGAUGCGUUUUGGGAUGGACGUUAUUGUUCAUUUGGGGAUAGUGAGAAAAAUAAGUUUUAUCCUAUGGUUUCUAUGGACAUCGUCGCUCAUGAAAUAGGCCAUUCCAUAACAGAGCAGUAUUCAAACUUGCUGUAUAUGGGUGAAUCAGGAGGCAUAAACGAGGCCUUUUCCGACAUGAUGGGCGAGACUGCUGAGUAUUACGUUGGCAUGUUGGACUGGAUGGUAGGGUAUUAUGUAACCAGACAGCAAAAGGCAUUGAGGUAUUUCGACGAUCCCACUAUGGACAAUCGGUCAAUAACUCACAUAAGGGAUUACUAUGAAGGUAUGGACACUCACUCGAGUAGUGGAAUAUUUCGAAAAGUGUUUUACGACCUCGUGAAGCGUCAUCACAUUCCAAUCAAAAAAGUCUUCCAAGUGUUUCUGCACGCAAAUCAGAUCUAUUGGCAUAAGAUGAGUUCAUUUGUGAGUGCGGCUUGUGACGUCAUGAAAGCUGCUCUGGAUUUGGGAACUUGGGUCAACCGGUUUGCUAAGGCCUUUCGGCAAGUCGGAAUCGAAGGUUGUAAUGUGGAAGAACACAUAUUUUGGUUACGAAGUGACGAAGUGUACAGUGACAUCUACGUUUCAGAAGACACAAAGCCUCUCUUUGGAUUUUCUGCUCCGCCUUGGGCGCGAAAAAUACUCAUAGAAACCAUGGGAGACGUUACAAUAGAUAUAACAUUAUACCAUGCCGGUCUGCUCUCGGAAGAGUACUACAUUUUAAAAUCAGACAUAAACUUUUUGGAGUAUGAUAUUAAUGGCAGUGAAGGGAGCCAUUAUUUCAUUCAAUUGGGUUCAUCUCAAGAGGAAGUGACAUUAGGUGUUCGCAUUAGAGUACGUUAUGAAUGUGUGGAAGUGUAUAAAACUGAAGAUAUAUUAAACUAUUUAAAUUACCAAAAGGACUGUAAGAAAGGUCGUUUUUUUGUCAGUCAGAAAUUAUUUUGA